AAAUUCAAACAGAAAUACAACCGCCACCAACUGAAAUACAACCAGCCCCGAGCGAAUCGCUACUAACUGAAAUACAGCUGACACCAGCCCCGAGCGAAGUUCCACCAUCAACAACUUGCCCUACAGAAAUUCAAACAGAAAUACAACCGCCACCAACUGAAAUACAACCAGCCCCGAGCGAAUUGCUACCAACUGAAAUACAGCUGACACCAGCCCCGAGCGACGUUUCACCAUCAACAACUUGCCCUACUGAAAUUCAAACUGAAGAAAACCCGACACAAACUCAGAGUGAAUCUCCACCAACAUCAUGUCCUGAUUGCGAAGAAAUCGUUUCUAAUACUGAUUCCGGUGAUGAAAUACACAGCUGGGUGGUAUACGGAUACAGCGAUCGAGGUAUUUAUGAUUAG